AUGGACGGGUCCUGGGUGCGGAUCCUGCCUCCGCUGCUGCUCCUGCUGACGGCCCAGGCGCGGGCCGGGCCGGGCCGCGGGAGCGACCCGGUGCCGGCGGAGGGACCGUGCCGCACGCCCCGCCCCCCGGGUUUCGGCGUGGCCCUGCCCCGCGGGGACACCGACACCCGCUGCGAGCCCCGUCCGCCCAACGAGACGUUCUCGGCGUCCGGCAGCGCUCGGGAGCCGUGCCGGCCGUGUAGCCGCCGCCCGGCGCCGCAGCGGGAGGAGUCGCCCUGCACCCCGGCCCGCGACGCCCCGUGCCGCUGCCCGCCCGGCUCCUUCCUGGACGUCCCCUCCGGCCGCUGCCGGCCCUGCCGGCCGUGCCCGCCGGGCGCCGGCGCCCUCCGCCCCUGCGGGCCCGGCGCGGACACCGCCUGCCGGCCCUGCCCCGAGGGCACCUUCUCCGAGGAGCCCGGCGCCCGCCUGCCCUGCCGGCCCUGCCGCCCGCCCUGCAACGGCAGCGAGGUCACCAUCCGUCCCUGCACACCGCUCUCCGACACGCUCUGCAUGGGCAAAGAGCUGCAGAUCCUGAAGUGUCCGGAGGAGGGGGGCUCCCGCGACCACCCCCCGGCCGCCUCCUCCUCGGCCUUCCCCCCGCCGCCGCCCGGAGAGGCCGGCGGCAUCAUUCCCGUCUACUGUUCCCUGCUGGCCGCCGUGGUGGUGGGGCUGCUGGCCUACGUGGCCUUCAAGUGCCGGACCCCCUGCGGGCGGAAGCGGGCCCCCGUCAAGGCCCGGGCGGCCGAGCUCGGGACCCCCGAGGCGGAGAAGCCGCACGGAGACGGCGGCGUCUUCCCGGACGCCCCCGGCCCGCCCGACGCCCACCUCCCCGCCGAGGGGCCGCGGCCCGAGCCCCCGCGCUUCUACGCGCAGCUCCCGGCGGCUCAGCGGGAGGAGGUGUCGAGGCUGCCGGAGGGUCCGGCGGCGCCCGCGGGCGGGGGCUGGCGCGGGCUGGCCGGCCGCCUGGGCUACGAGGAGGAGGCGGUGGACACCUUCGGCCGGGGCCGGGCGCCCGCCCACACCCUGCUGAGCGACUGGACGGCGCGGGCCGGCGGCGGGGCCACGCUGGAGGCGCUGGAGGCCGCCCUGGCCGCCCUGGGACGCCACGACGCGGCCCGCGCCCUCGGGCCGCCCGGCGAGGGCAGCUCCCUGGUGUGA